AGCCCCAGUGGUAAGAGCAGCACAGUGAAGAGGAGGAUGAGGGGAGUAGAGGAGGAGGAGGAGGCAGGCAGAGGAAGAAGAAGUAUGAAGCAUUCAGCCACAAAUUAGCCCCAAAGACGGCGGGAGAGCAUCGCAGCUUCCCUGGUUGCUUUACGGCCGACUGGACGCUGGAAGGGCGGCAGGAUGGAGGAGGAGAAGCACUUUCUCUGUGGGGUGGUGGAAGGUUUCUAUGGGAGACCAUGGUCAAUGGACCAGAGGAAAGUUCUCUUCCAGUGGAUGCAGGACUGGGGUUUGAAUACCUACCUGUACGGCCCAAAAGAUGACCUAAAACACAGGCUGCUGUGGAGAGAAGUCUAUUCACCUGAGGAAGAAGGUCAGCUGCGCACUCUGAUUGCGGAGGCCCAGUCGAGAGGCCUCGGGUUUGUUUACGCCCUCUCUCCCGGCCAGGACAUCGUCUUCUCAUCCCCCUGUGACUUGACACUUCUUAAACGCAAGCUGAGACAAGUGUCUGAUCUGGGCUGCCGGGCGUUUGCCAUCCUGUUUGAUGAUAUCGACCACUCCUUGUGUCAGGCCGACAGUGAGGCCUUCUCUUCCUUUGCACACGCUCAGGUCACCAUAACCAAUGAGAUUUAUCACUUCCUGGGGGAGCCGCCUGUCUUUCUCUUCUGCCCGACAGAGUACUGCGCUUCUCUGUGUUCUCCCAGUGUGCUGAAAUCUCCAUACCUGCAGACCGUUGGCGAGGACCUGCUUCCUAACAUCACAGUCAUAUGGACAGGAAGUAAGGUCAUCUCAAGAAAACUGUCUGUGGACUGUCUGGCUGAGGUGGAGUCCGUACUCCAGCGUCCUCCACUCAUCUGGGACAACUUGCACGCCAACGACUACGACUCCAGACGCCUUUUCUUGGGUCCAUUCAAGGGACGCGAGCCUCGGCUCAGGGCCCGCCUCCGGGGCCUCCUCCUCAACCCCAACUGUGAGUUUGAAGCCAACUACAUUCCGCUGCACACGCUGGCAAGCUGGUACAGAGCUGGGAGCGAGGAGAGGAAAGAUGAGGAGCCAGAUUAUUCACCUGAAACAGCUUUGUCUGCUGCACUCCAUGACUGGCUGGAAGACCUCAACCAGCCUCUACAAGCAGGUAGGCAGAGUGCCCGAGACCAGCGUUGUUCUGUCGCGGUUUCUCGAUGCAAAACCCCAGACAGAUCCGACUGCAACGCCACUUUGAGGGGGACCUCCGUAGUGGCUAAACUCCCCGUGUUCCCCCUCAACUCUAGUUCCCCUCCUCCCUCACCUACUAAAGCCAAAGGAGACAGGGAAGUACGCGAGGGUGAAAAGCGGCAGCAGACCGGUCAAGCCAACCACCAAGCCCAGGGAACCGGGCAUGGAGUGCCUUCUGGGGGAGGCCGUGGACAUAAAGCCCAGGUUCGAAGCCUCGGUAGUGGGAAGGGCCAACUGAGUGAGUCCCAGGUGCGACUGCUGGUUGGCCUCUAUUACCUUCCUCAUGAACAUGGCCCAUCAGCUCAGAAACUUCUUCAGGAUCUCACCUGGCUGAAAACAAACUGCCAUCUUGUCAGCAUCAACAGCAAGAAAGGUUUACUCCAGAAGGUGGACGAAUGGCGGGGCCGGGCCUCCAGGUUCCUGUCUCUAUGUGAAGACAUAGCGCAGCUGCACUGUAGUGUUGUGGGCGGGGCCAAUCGGGCAGUGCUGUAUGACCUUUACCCGUAUGUAUGGGACCUGAGAAACAUGGCGCUUGUGGCCAAGGCCUUUGUUUGCUGGCUGGAUGGUCGUGUGUUGAAUGACAGCACAACCAUGGCCUCCUGGAGGAACUGCUUCCAUUGGUGUGGGAUGGCCUCAGUAGGGGAUGACCUGGGAGAGGAGGCGGAGCCAUGGGUGUUUAAAGGGGGCGUCUCUGGGGAAGUGCAGAUGCUUCUCCCAAUAGGCAGCAGCAGUGAGCUCUUCACGCACCCCCCUCCUCUCUUUCCCACCUCACGUCUUUACAACAUCAGGCCCUACCAUAGUAAGGACAAGGUGGAGUUAUAUCGGAUGGUGCGUCAGCUUCACCUGAGGUCCCAGUGUGUCCCAGAGUCGAGUGUUUCUCACCCAGAUGUGGUAGGAGACAGGUGUUUGGGACCCUGCCUGGCCUUGUGCCCCGAGUAUAGCUUCAUCCUAGAGGACGAGCUGGGGGUCUGUGGUUGCAUUUUGGGCAUUUUGGAUGUGCGCUCUUUCGCCAAGCGCUGUCAGGUCAGCUGGUUGCCCGCCAUGAGAGACAAGUACCCACCCAAAGGAGGCCACUCCAACAAUCAGGACUUGGUCAAGUUGAUGGAAGAGGACCAGGGAGAAUACCCGGACUCGCUCGUACAUCACUUUCCCUCUCAGCUGCGUCUGGACGCCCUGCCCGAGUUGGUGGACGUCAGCGUCAGUCGCACGCUCCUUGCUGCCCUCCUGACGGCCCUUAAAGCCAAUGGUUCACAGGGUGUGUUCUGUGAGGUGCAGCCAACGGACCGUCAGAGGCUGGAAUUCUUGACCAAACUGGGCUUCUUGGAGAUCCUCAGAGGGGAAGCCAGGAGCAGAGAAGGGGUGGUGAUGGGCAGGCUGCUUUGAGCACAACGCCCCCAUUCACAUACACACACACAAACAUGCUAACAUGCACAGCAACAUGUAAAGUCGCAUGCAGUAGUUACACCUAGACAAUUACGUGUAAAAGAAACAGUACUUAAAAAAGACAAAACGGAGAAUCUGUUAAUUUUAGGGCAUCAAUAUGUCCUUUCAAGGGAAGACUGUAAAAAUAAAGAAGAUUAAAGAGGGAGCAGCGUGUUUACACCAAUCUGGACUUCAAAUGAGGCAGUAGAUUUCCGCUUAUUCGCUGUUAGCGCAAGUCUAUUUUCGGUUUUAAAUGGUAAAUAACUUAUUCAUGUGUGGUAACCUCAAUAGAAAAUUGUUUCAUGGCGCGUUCUGUAUUGGAAAAAUAGUGCUGCUAUGAAUCCAGCAGAGGAUGCUGUCUCACAAGUUAAUUCACAACUUUUUCCAGCAGGAAGAUACUUUGACAAGACGUUUUGUAAGAUCCACACUGUAUACCAGGGCCAUUCAACUGGCAGCCAGGGGGCCAAACUCCAAGUUCAGUUCAAAACGUGGGAGACUUCUUUUUGCUGUGUCCUCCUAAAAACAAUGGAGCGUUUCUGUUGGGCAGAGGAACUUGAAACAGUGUAAGCACAUUGUCUGAUCCUUGCAUUGACAUUUUAACAAUCGAAAGGCAUAACUAGGCUAUUUUGUUCCUAAUUGUGGAAUUUGUAUAUGAGAAAUAGCACAAAACAAAUGUUCACUAGAGGGUGCUGGUUCUCAUAAUAGUGGAGGGCAAAGUCCGGCCCCGGUCUUUAGCUUUGUGAAACUGUGGCCCGAGAAUAAUAUAGUUGAAUAGCACUGCUGUACACCAAGAAUAUACAAUAUAUAAUAUAUUGUUUUGAGGGACACAUUUAUCGAAAGCUAAAGAUCAGAGCCCUGAACUUCUCCAUUCACUAUUAUUCUUAUUUUGCAUACAACAGAGAACCAGCGUCUUCUGCAGUGGACAGUGAUUUUUUUCAUUUGUCAGAGUUAUAGAGGCACUCUGCUGUUUUUAAGGAGCUUCUGCAAAACUAUGAGUCAAAGAUCAUCUCUAUGACAGCAGAAGAAUCUGAUGCAAACAUUUUUUUUAACUAAACUCAAUGGCCAACAGUUAAAUAGCCCAAAAGAUGAAAAAUGGAGGACCUUAAAUGGAACCUUGAGGAACACCACUAGAAUAACUAAAUAAGUUGACCAAAUGGCUACUGAUUGCAUCUGAAGUAAACAAGCUACAGCAACACCUUCAAUUAUAUCAUGAAAAAUAACUUCUAAAAAGAAGAUGACUUAAGGGGGUGCCUUGAGGAACACCUCAGUUAUGUAAAUCACACGUUUGGACCCCAGUGUUCUGGUUUUGCUUGCAAGGUUAACAUGUCAAUGCAAUGAUCUGCCAUCAUUCUACAGGAGCACACAAGUGUUUUGGGGAAUUUGCUGCAACAAAUGUUUGUCUCCCAAGCUUUGAACUGAACUCUAGGGUCGGUGUGAUGUCAUUUAAAAUGGGUUUAUUAACUGUGAGAGGCCUAUUAUUGGGUUUAAAGUAUCAAAAAUAGGCAUUUUAGAGCUUUUUUGAACAUAUAACCUGCGAAUAGCGAGGAUCUACUGUACUGUAAAGCAGUGGUCCCCAACCACCGGGCCGCGGCCCGGUACCGGUCCGUGGACCGAUUGGCCGCACAAGAAAUUAAAAAAUUAAAAUUAAAAUUAAAUUAAAUCAACAUAAA